CUUCUUGUUCCUGGUUCAGCGUCGUCGCCGAACAUGGUUUUGGCCUGGAAUUCCGACGGAAAGUCUCAAACUUUCGAGCCAUUAACAUGAAUUCCUCAGUGUCAUUGCAAGCUCUCAGUUUCUUCGUUUCUUCAUCUCAUUCUCUGCGACUCGCGAGGCCACAGAAAUGGCGGUCGAUUGUGACGAUGAGGGACAGGAGCAACAAUCCUAGGCCGUUGCAGAAAGGGAGAAACCUCAGCAUCGAAGCGAUUCAGACCGUCCAAGCCCUGAAGAGAACGCAAAAAGACCAUCGCAGUUUGGAAAAGUUCUUCGAUUUGAAAUUCCGGCGAUUGCUGAAGUUCGACAUGAUGGCCGUUCUUCGCGAACUCCUCCGACAGAACGAAUGUCUCUUGGCACUCAAGGUUUUUGAGGACAUCAGAAAGGAGUACUGGUACAAGCCUCAGGUCUCACUGUACGCUGAUAUGGUCGGAGUGUUUGGUAAUAAUGGAUUUCUUGAGCAAGUUGAACUUGUUGGCUUGUACUUGAAAAAAGAAGAAGCUAAUUUACGGCCUGAAAUUGAGGGUUUCAACGCUCUGUUGAGGGCUUUAGUUAGUUUGAACAUAGCUGAGCUAGCUAUGGAGUGUUAUUGUUUGAUGAAACAGGUCGGUUGUGACCCAGAUAGGUCGACUUUUAGAAUACUCAUAAAUGGCUUGGAAUCAAUGGGAGAAACAGGUGCUUCAGCUAUUGUGAGGUUAGAUGCUCAGAAGUUCUAUGGUGAAUCUUUGGAGUUUUUGGAUGAGAUUGAAGAUUUAGCACCAAAAUUAGCAAAUGUAUAGGAUUAUAUAUUGAACAAUUAUUGAAAUCUCUUUCUUGCUAAAUUGUAUAUUGUCAUAUUGAAAAAAUAUUUUGUUACCGGUUGUCUACUGAAAAAAGGAAAUGCUUUUUGUAGGAAAUUGAUUCCCUGGAAUUCCAUUUUGAGAAGCAUUUGAUGAUGUAAAUAACCCUAGUGAACCAGGAAUUAUGAGCAUUUGAUGAUUUUUAAGCCACAUAUAUAAGUUUUCAAA